GGCCCGCUCGGCGGCGGCCCUGCGGCUCCGGCGGCAGCCGCGGCGGCCCCGGGCGCGAUCCAACCCAGGUAGCCGCGCCGCAGGCUCGGGGCGCCGCGACCCCGUGCCCCGCCGUGUCGUGGGCCCCGCGGGGACAGCGGCUGGCGGGAGCUCCCUGCUGCUACUGCUGCUGCUCAACAAGGAGGAGUGAUUACUGUUCUGAAGUGAGCAUUGGAGGAGGAUCCAUUAGGCCAUAACACAGUUGCCAUUGGUGGUGUGCUGAAUGGAGACUGUCAACCUCCAGGACUUUGGAAUAUUCCUGUCCACAUUUGGGAUUUGUUCAGGUUCCCAAACCAGUGGUUCAUUCCUCACCCGCCCAAGAAGGUACUUGGUUCUCAAUUAGCAGCAGAAUGGAAAUGAGGAAAGGAAAUCAGCUGACGCAGGAGCCGGAGUGAGACCGACGUGCCCACAAACCCAGCCUGCACCAUGAACUUGUGUCUCCCUUCUGCGCUUUAAGAGCCAAGGGCAGGUGAAGUUGCUGGAGAGCAAUGGCUUUCUUUACUCCGUGGAAGUUGUCCUCUCAGAAGCUGGGCUUUUUCCUUGUGACUUUUGGCUUUAUCUGGGGUAUGAUGCUCCUGCAUUUUACCAUCCAGCAGCGAACUCAGCCUGAGAGCAGCUCCAUGCUGCGUGAGCAGAUCUUGGACCUCAGCAAGAGGUACAUCAAGGCGCUGGCAGAAGAAAACCGGAAUGUGGUGGAUGGGCCAUACGCCGGCGUCAUGACAGCUUACGAUCUGAAGAAAACACUUGCUGUGCUUUUGGAUAAUAUCUUGCAGCGCAUUGGCAAGUUAGAGUCAAAGGUGGACAAUCUCGUAAUCAAUGGCACAGGAACAAACUCGACCAACUCCACCACGGCUGUUCCCAGCUUGGUAGCACUUGAGAAAAUUAAUGUGGCAGCUCCUGAAGCCAGGCCAGCUGAUGGAAGUGCUGGCAGGAGUUUCGUCUCCAGGCUGAGCGCAGAGAUGGAGUCCGUUCCCAGAUGGCGAGGAACAGCUGGGCCAGUGGCGUGCACACAUAUCAUUAAUGGAGCUCAAGAAAAAUGUGUAUUGCCUCCUAUGGAUGGCUACCCCCACUGCGAGGGGAAAAUCAAGUGGAUGAAAGAUAUGUGGCGCUCGGAUCCCUGCUACGCAGACUACGGAGUGGAUGGGUCCACCUGCUCUUUCUUUAUUUACCUCAGUGAGGUUGAAAACUGGUGUCCUCAUUUACCUUGGAGAGCAAAAAAUCCCUAUGAAGAAGCUGAUCAUAAUUCAUUGGCGGAAAUCCGUACAGAUUUUAAUAUUCUCUACAGCAUGAUGAAAAAGCAUGAAGAAUUCCGGUGGAUGAGACUCCGGAUCCGGCGAAUGGCUGAUGCAUGGAUCCAAGCAAUCAAGUCCCUGGCAGAAAAGCAGAAUCUUGAAAAGAGAAAGCGGAAGAAAGUCCUUGUUCACCUGGGACUCCUGACUAAGGAAUCUGGAUUUAAGAUAGCAGAGACAGCUUUCAGUGGUGGCCCUCUUGGUGAAUUAGUUCAGUGGAGUGAUUUAAUUACAUCUCUGUACUUACUGGGCCAUGACAUUAGGAUUUCAGCUUCACUGGCUGAGCUCAAGGAAAUAAUGAAGAAGGUUGUAGGAAACCGAUCUGGCUGCCCAACUGUAGGAGACAGAAUCGUUGAGCUCAUUUAUAUUGAUAUUGUGGGACUUGCUCAAUUUAAGAAAACUCUUGGACCAUCCUGGGUUCACUACCAGUGCAUGCUCCGAGUCCUGGACUCAUUUGGCACGGAGCCAGAGUUCAACCAUGCUAACUAUGCUCAGUCUAAAGGCCACAAGACGCCCUGGGGCAAAUGGAAUCUGAACCCACAGCAGUUUUAUACCAUGUUCCCUCAUACCCCAGACAACAGCUUUCUGGGAUUUGUGGUUGAGCAGCAUCUAAACUCCAGCGAUAUCCACCACAUUAACGAAAUCAAAAGGCAGAACCAGUCCCUUGUGUAUGGCAAAGUGGAUAGCUUCUGGAAGAAUAAGAAAAUCUACUUGGACAUUAUUCACACGUACAUGGAAGUGCAUGCGACCGUUUAUGGCUCCAGCACGAAGAAUAUUCCCAGUUAUGUGAAAAACCAUGGCAUCUUAAGUGGGCGGGACCUACAGUUUCUUCUCCGAGAAACCAAGUUGUUUGUUGGACUCGGGUUCCCUUAUGAGGGCCCAGCUCCCCUGGAGGCCAUCGCAAAUGGAUGUGCUUUUCUGAAUCCCAAGUUCAGCCCACCCAAAAGCAGCAAAAACACAGACUUUUUCAUUGGCAAGCCAACACUGAGAGAGCUGACAUCCCAGCAUCCGUAUGCUGAAGUGUUCAUUGGCCGGCCCCAUGUUUGGACGGUUGACCUCAGCAAUCAGGAGGAAGUGGAGGAUGCUGUGAAAGCAAUUUUAAGUCAAAAGAUUGAGCCAUACAUGCCAUAUGAAUUCACAUGUGAGGGGAUGUUGCAGAGAAUCAAUGCUUUCAUUGAAAAACAGGAUUUCUGCCAUGGGCAGGUGAUGUGGCCGCCCCUCAGUGCCCUGCAGGUGAAGCUCGCCGAGCCCGGACAGUCCUGCAAACAGGUGUGCCAGGAGAACCAGCUCAUCUGCGAACCUUCCUUCUUCCAGCAUCUCAACAAGGACAAAGACAUGCUGAAAUAUGAGGUGAUCUGCCAAAGCUCAGAGCUGGCCAAGGACAUCUUGGUGCCCUCCUUCGACCCCAAGAACAAGCACUGUGUGUUUCAAGGUGACCUCCUGCUGUUCAGCUGUGCGGGCGCCCACCCCAGGCACCAGAGGGUCUGCCCCUGCCGGGACUUCAUCAAGGGCCAGGUGGCUCUCUGUAAAGACUGUCUAUAGCGGCCACUGACUCGGCCCCACACGCACUCUGCUGGGGAAACGGUGGCCCCAACACCAUCGGGGCAGGGCCAGGGGGCAGACGUCAUUCAGGGACUCUCGCCAGAGCCUGAACUUGAUGGUGGAAGGUUUCAAUUUGGUAUUGCUCCUUCUGCGGUCAGAGCACCAUGGCAGAGUUUUCCCCAAAGUGAAACAAGAGCAGAUGUCAAGUGGGGAGCCUGGCUUCUCGCUGGCACAACUUCAUUUUUUAUUUCUUGAGGAGACUGUGUUUAUGAGGCUGCUCCGAGAUAGAAGGAGAGUCUCAAGAUGCAUUUAAAACAGAACCAGAGGAGGAAUGGAGCUUGUCGGAAAGAACUUGAUACGGGAACAUUCCUAAACCCAUUAACUUAUUUAUUUGGGUGGGUGGGAGGGGGAACAGGGGAGGGCAAAGAGGGAUUGAUCACAUGUCUUGUUUCUUUGAUUUCCCACUGUUUACUGUCCACCUUCACUGUAUUAUUAUUCCCGUCUGCUUCCAGAAGGAAGCAGGAGGGAGACAGGGUGCACUGUGGGGCUGGUGGCUCGCUUGAGGGCAGCUGCGGGGAUCUGGCUCCUCAAAGUGGAUGGUGGCAGAACAAAAGAAAAUCUUGUGUGUGCUUGACAGAUGGCAGCUAGAAGACGUGCACCUCCUGGGUGCGGGGACGUGCCUGUGUUGUUCUGAGAGCCCAGCCAGGGACCAAAGAUGGGGCUGCUUUGCAGUGAGAGCUCCUUUCCUUGACCCUCCCACUUUCCCAUCACACACACAUACACACACACACACACACACACACACACACACACACACCCCUUGGCCCUAAUUUCUGAUGAGGAUCUCUUUGGGAAAGAAAGAACACGACUGAAGAAUUGACAUUUGCUACUUUGUGGUAAAUCUACCCUCCCUUAAAUGCCACUGGAAGGAGGAAAGUACAAAAGGGGGACUAAAGGUCAUGCUUAUUUACUCCUAAAGAGGCUUAUCUGAGCUGGGGUGUGGACACCCGUGAAGCUGGCCCCUGAGAACCAGUUCCACCACCAGAGCUGUGCUCCAGACACAUGCACUUGUGUCUAGUCCUUCUCAUGUCUCAUGUCACCGACGUCCCAGAAAUGAGGCUCUCAAUGGACCUGAUGUUGGCUAGGGGAAUAGGGCAGGCCAGGACGAAUGUGGUGGGCAGUGCUGGCCGCUCACCCUUGGGUGUGGGUGUGUGUGUCUUGCAUGGGGCUGGAGUCUGAUGCUGGCUCUUCCUCAAGGCGUGACUAUUCUGAGGGGCAUAUUCUGAGUUGGCAGGUUGGCCCCGUCAGUCAUUGGAUGCCCCUUCCAAACCCUGGAGUCCCCAGUCUCUGCCUUGGUCUGAGUUCCCCGCCCCCACCCAGCACUGUUUCAGUGCUCCGGCUAGAAGUGUGUGUGUUUCCUGUGAAGUCCCUGGCAUCUCCAUGCUGAUAACAAUGAGUCCUUUUCUCUCUCUUACAGAACAUCCCAGUUAUGAGCUGUGGUGUCAUCCAUCUAGCCCUCACUGGUGGUUUUGAGUGCCUUGGUCACCUAGCACCGUGCUCCCCACCUCCCCCAGCAGUCCUGUGCUUCCUAGCCCACUCCCUGCCAUCUGAGACAGCCAGCCCAGCCUCGGCCAGACAGAACUGUUCGGCAGGGCUGAUGGCUGGGUGGGCCUUCGAAAAGUGAGCUAAAUCACGAGGAUCACACGGCAGGUGGAGCCUUUAGGUAGCAGAAGUUAGAUUGUGCCUGCUUCUUGAUUCUUCCCUAGUACAGAAGUAAUAUCAAAUGCACAGCCAGCCUUUCUUUUCUUAGUCUAUCAGUGGGUCUGAAUUGUACCUCUGAUCCCAGAGAGUGAAGGGGGUGAGGCGGAGCAGCCAGGGUCUUCCCCACCUCUCAGGUGGCCCGAGCACGUGUGACAGACUUCUGAUAGGGAGACCUCUGCCCUGAGCAUCGGUGCAGGGGCCCCUCAGGAACUAGCAGAGAACAGCCUCUACCUGGGCCCAGCAGCAAGGGUAUAAGUCCAAAGGGAGUCUUGGUUAUAGGGUGUGAGUGUGUGUGUGUGUGUGUCUGUGAGUGUGCGUGCAUACGUGUGUGUGUGUGUGUGUUCCUGAAGUUUUGCAAGGGCAAUACCUGCUGUGAGAGAAGCAACGGCCUUCUGUGUUGUUAGGAGCAGCUCUUCCCUAGGAAUGGGUCUCUUGGUUUCACCCUAGGUUGUAGGAAUUUGCUUGAGUUCCCAGGGCUGCAAUUCCUGGGCCAGUGCCGCCCUCUCCUGGGCUUUUGUGGGAGCUUCCAAAAGUGAAGAUAUCAUGCAGGCAUUGGACCAGCAGGGGGAGCCUAUGGGCUGAGACCGAUUUCUCUAGCUCAGCCAGAUUAACCC